UCCUGCAAAAUUCGCAGAACCGGCCGGCGACACUCGCUCUCCCUCUCGCCGGCACCGAUGCACGCCUGAGAAGAAGAAGAAGAGGGAACGAUCUUCUUCGUCUUCCUGCCGCUCCCAUUGAUGUUUCGCUUCUUCCUGCUCAAAGCGUCGCUCCGAAUCCCCAUCGGCGGAGGCGGCCGGAGCCCCUCGACGGCACUACCCGCCCUUCCGCCGUACCUCCGCCGUCUCUCCGUCCAACCCCUCUCCACCUCCGCCGCCGCCGCCGCCGCCGCCCCUUCCGAACCCCGUGCCGUCGAGGACCGCCUCGCCCGCGCCCAUGGCUUCCCCCCCGAAUCGGCCCGCGCCGUCGCCGCCGCCGUCGACCCCAAGCUCGCCCACAAGCUCGACUCCUUCGUCGCCGUCUUCAAGGGCCACGGCUUCUCCCCCUCGGAGGUCGCCACCGUCUUGCUCAGGUACCCCAGGUGCCUCCGGUCCAACCCGGUCAAGAACCUGAAGCCCAAGCUCGAUUUCCUCGCCGGCAACGGCGUCGCGGGCGAAACCCUAGUUCACGUCCUCACCAACGAUCCUUAUCUUCUUCGGAGGAGCCUGGAAUCGCAGCUCGCCCCCUGUUUCGAUUGCCUCGUUAAGUUUUUCGGCAAUAGGAGGGACGCGAUUUCCCUGUUGAUGGUCAAGCGGGGGACUUGGGUGUUGCACAAGUUCACCGAUUCGAUGGAGCUCAAUAUUGAUAAGCUUAGGCAGGUGGGUGUGCCGGAUUCGAGCAUCACGAAAUUGAUGACGGUCCGUCCUCGGACUCUGUCCCGGGAUGCAACCGAGUUUAGCGAGAUCGUGGAUGAGGUAAGGCGAAUGGGCCUUCACCCUUCGAGCUUGAUGUUUGUUUACGGGGUGAUCACGCUUGCCGGGAUGAAACGGCCAAAAUGGGAGGCCAAGAUAGCCGUCUUUAAGAAGUUUGGGUGGUCUGAUGAGCAGUUUAAGGCGAUAUUCGUGAAGCAACCUCAGAUCAUGAAUCCCUCUGAGAAGAGGAUGGAGCAAUUCUUGAAAUUUUUCAUGAGCGAAUUGGGGUGGACCGCAGACGAGCUGACGAAUUGCCCCAGUAUUUUUAUGGCAAGCUUCGAGAAAAGAAUUUUGCCUAGGAUGUCCAUUCUUUUGUUUUUGCUAUCAGAGGGUCUUGUGAAGAGGCAGUCGUUGCUAGGGAAACUCCUCAUGUCUGAGGAUAAGUUUUUGAGUAAGUUUGUGAUGGAGAAUGUGGGAAAGGCUCCCCAGCUUUUGCAGAUGUAUGAAGACAAACAAGUUCUAGCACAGUUCCAUGCUUUCAAGAUGCAGGACUAGCCGAAAGGAGCAGUAGGAAGAGAAGGAUGUUUAUAGCAUCUGGCUCCGUGAGCUCUGGAGGAGCUCCACGUUGUUUUCGACCGGUACGAGCCUACGAGGUGCCAAUGUUUCUCAGAUUCCUGAUCCAAACUAGGGUAGUGCCUUGUUUUCUAAAAUCCGUAGGAUGGAGAUAGGUCAUCUUUCAUCUCUUUGGACUGACGCAUCACAUGCAUUGCCGUACGUAUAAAGGGCACUCUCACAAUUAUUUUAUUGUGAUUCUGUGAGAAGAUCGAUAUAAUCGUCAAGUGCGUCAAACAACUAUUUUCGUUUCAAAUGGGUCACAGAAAUUUUAGAAGGUCUUUAGUCAUUUUCUUUAUAAGAGGUCGGCCAUUAUCUCCUGAAUAUUUACAGACAGAAUUCCAUCUCAUGAAUUUUUCAGGACCGUAAUUAUAAUUGUUGCUAAUAUUAUGAUA